AUGCGGCGUUCAGAACGUCUUGAUCUUGUUGAGUUUGAUCCUGAGAUUGAACAAACUUUUCAUCAAAGGCGUCGUGAACAAAAAGCAAAAAGGGAACAACAACAAAGCACAAUGGACGACAACGAAAAUCAGCUUGUUCAAAUGGAGCGUACUGUUGAGAUCAAUGAGAGAGAUAUCUUGAUAGGGGAUUUCAUGAUGCCUCCUGUCAUUGAGAACUGGUCGAGCAUAGUCUAUCCUCCAUAUGGGCAUGAUAACUUCCAACUGAGGCCAGAUGUGAUUAAUUUAUUCUCCAACAACAUUCCGUUCUAUGGAAGAAGUGAUGAAAAUCCUCACUAUCAUCUCGCUCGCUUUUUGGAGUAUUGUGGAAAUUUUAAAUAUCAAGGCAUCAAUGAGGAAGCACUAAGGAUGCGACUUUUUCCUCAUACUCUAAAAGAUAAAGCUCGGGAGUGGUUGGAUUCACUAUCACCUGGUAGCAUCACUACAUGGGCUAAUUUGGUUCACAAGUUCACAUUAAAGUAUUUUCCACCAGCCAAAAUCAGCAAAUUAAAGCAUGAAAUUUCAACUUUCCAGCAAGCUGAAACUGAGAAUUUUCAUGAAGGAUGGGAACGGUAUAAAGAAUUGCUAAGGAAGUGUCCAAACCAUGGGUUCUCUUUACCAGCUCAAAAUCACUAUUUCUAUGCUGGAUUAACUCCUUACAGCCGUUCGUCAGUUGAUUCUACAGCAGGUGGUUCUAUUAGAAACAAAUCAGCUAGAGAGCUACAUGAUCUUUAUGAAACAAUGAGUGAGCAAUUUGUAAUGUGGCCGGAUAGGAGUUCACAUAGGAGAGCAGCUGGAGUACACGAAAUGGAUAUGAAUACGUUGAUGUUGGCCAAGAUUGAUGCUCUGUCAAAACAUAUGGAAACGUUAAAAUACUCUCCAUCAGUUAGUAUGGUGCAAGGGUCUCUUCCAGUUUGUGCAACUUGUGGGGCAAACCAUCUGUCAUCUGAAUGCCCAUUGACCGUUAGGGACCAUUCACUCAUAGAGCAGGCUGCUUAUGCGCAAAACUUCCCGCGUCAACAAAAUAUCCAGCGUCCACAGAAUAAUCCAUUUUCUCCAACAUACAAUCCCAGCUGGAGAAACCAUCCUAAUUUUUCAUAUGGCAACAAUAAGAGAAUUCAAAACCCACCAAAAUAA